AAUGUUUCUGACAUAUAUAAAUCCGGGGAGUUUAAGACCUACGAUAACUUUGUUUCGUUAGUUGCUGAAUGUGUAUGGCAGAUAAGAGAUAAAGAUAGAAGAGGUAAAAUAUGGAACGAACAGAUAAGACCAACUGCUUUUGAGUUAAAGAAAACCAUUGACGCCUUAGUUGUUUUAGCAGGUAAGGUUUCAGAAUAUAACGCAAAAAUGAAUCCGCAAUGUUCUAAAUGUAAAGCAGCAAUUAGGAAAUAUAACUACUCCGUCAAAGAGAUAGAAAGAAUGCGAAACGACUAUGCAGACUUAAAGAAAGAAGCAGAAAAGCCAGCAGAAAAUAAAAUGGACAUGUUAGCAUUUCUGAACAAAAACUAUCCAACUGCUGACGAUUUCCUUCUAUCUGACGUCAAGAAGAAAUAUAAAGAAACUUUCGGCAUUGUUAAAACUUUUGACAUACUGACAGAAGAAAUAGAAGCUACGAAAUUGUUUAGGAUUUCAAAUAUACAUCGUACAAUUCAUGUAAAACGCUUGUGA